GCGUAUUCUGAUGUGACGCAACUGCUAAAGUAAACGCCAGUAAUCGGAAAAGUCUUCUCCUUUCGUCUUCUUCCGAUCCUCCAAGAAAGUCUCACACGCAAGUUUUGAGAGAGAAUAAUAUCAUCAAAGAACACUAAAAAAUCAUGAGAAAACGAAUCGGAUUGCUCGAUCUUGAGAAGCAUUUCGCCUUCUACGGAGCUUAUCACAGCAAUCCAAUCAACAUCAUAAUCCACACUCUGUUCGUAUGGCCAAACGUCUUCGCCACUCUCCUUUUCCUCUACUCCUCAACGCCACCGGCUCUAGAUCACUCCCAAUUAGGGUUCCUCAAAUCGUUGACCUUUGACGGUGUCUUGCGCUUGGACAUUGGGUUUACUCUCACUGUGAUUUACUCUGUUUUUUACAUCUGUCUGGAUAAGAAAUCUGGUGUUUUAGCAGCUCUGUUAUGUUUCUCUUGUUGGAUUGGAUCCAGCUUCCUUGCAGCUCGACUUGGACAUUCCUUAACCUUAAAGGUUGGGAUAGCUUCUCAGCUUUUAUGUUGGAUUGGUCAGUUCCUUGGUCACGGCUUGUUUGAGAAACGAGCUCCUGCACUUUUAGACAACCUAGUCCAAGCUUUUCUAAUGGGUCCUUUCUUCGUGUUGCUCGAGGUGUUGCAGUCUGUUUUUGGGUACGAGCCAUACUCUGGGUUUAAAGCACGCGUCGACUCCAAGAUCAAGAGUGAAAUCAAAGAAUGGAGAGAGAAGAAGCAGAAGAAGAUCACUUAAUUGUCAUUCUGAUUCGAAAACUGUUGCCUUCUCUUCAUGAUCAUAUGAAAUCUCAAGCACACAAACAUAAAAAGCUCCAUGGACCAAUUAACUUUUUGUUAUAUGAGCCUCAGGCCCAGCCCAUUAACUAAUGCAAAAGUCAUUGCAUAGAUAAAGAAUCUUCCAUGUACAGAGUAGAUUGAAAUAGUGUCAUUCGAGAUAAGAAACAGAUGGGAUAGGAAUAACAGAUAUAGAUAACACAAGA